GGCUUUCCUCUCAUUCGACGAUAUCACAUCAAAAAGCGAGAACUCUUUCUGGACCCUGUGCAUCAUGUUGUUAUUGUUGUGUCUAUCACGUUGUUAGAGAUCAGCAGCUGUUGGACCAUCACAAUAGCAUCAUCAUCUCAACGCUAAAAGCCCCCAAUUCCGGAUCCUCCUUCCUUUUAGAGAGCGCAUUUGUCAUUUGUAGAUUGCUUGACAGGAUGUGGAAACGUCGAGAUUGUGCAGUUGCUGCCAUUGCUUAUUGCAGCCUCAUUUUUCCAUGGUCUACCCAUGGAUUUGUGUUGCACAGCCCGAAUCUUGGACUUGGAUCAAAAGCUGCCAGAAUUACUCUGCCAAAAUCAUGGAUGGCCCCAAAUAAUGACCAAGAGCCUACUACCGGGGCAACUCUGGUUACUUUUCCCAAUGCUACCGAAAAAACCGUUGUUGCAGAAAACAACAACCCAUCCGAGCAAGAAGAAGACGAACUUGGCAAUGUUGUAGAUGUCAAAAUGAACCAAAUCGACUAUGGAGGCUACUCACUCAACGGAUACACGAGCAACACCGUCUACCAUAACUCACUUCGAGUGGAUGGCACUCCAUUGACACGGAACCAGGCGUUCGAUAUGGAAGACGAAGAUGGAUAUCAAGCCAUGAGAAAGAAAAAACGAUCCUUCGCGGACACCAUGAUCAAGUUCCCCUUUCGAGCUCUUCGGAGAAUCUCGAAUGGACCCAAAGUCACGGAACCAGGAACACUCAUACUGGUGCGCCAUGGGGAGAGUGGCUGGAAUCAAAACAAGACCUUCACAGGUUGGAGUGACCCGGAUCUUUCAGCCGACGGUGUGAGGGAGGUAGAACAUGCAGCAAGGCUCCUGUUGGAAAUGGGCAUUGAGAUUGAUAUGGUCUUCACGAGUCGAUUGAAAAGGGCCAUUCGUUCGGCAUGGAUCAUUCUGCUAGAGCUCAAUGAAGUCUAUCUACCUGUCUUCAAGAGCUGGAGGCUCAACGAAAGAAUGUAUGGAGCACUCACAGGAUUGAGCAAGAUUGAAACAGCAGAAAAGCUGGGUUCGGAGCUAGUACAGGAAUGGCGUGGGUCCUUGAGAACUCCACCCCCACCAUUGACAAAAAACAGUCCUUACUGGCCUGGAAAGGACAGAAAGUAUGCUGACUUGACAGCUGACCAGAUUCCACUCACCGAGUCCCUUAUGGACUGUAUGGAACGCACCAAACCCGUAUGGCAAGAUAAGAUUCUGUACGAACUCCAAGGAGGGCGAAACGUGAUGGUGGUGGCUCAUGCCAAUACUUUGAGGGGCUUGGUCAAAAUCAUUGAUAACAUUGGGGAUGACGAGAUUCAAGAUGUGGCAAUCCCCACUGGCAUCCCCAUUGUGUACAAAUUCAACAAAGACAUGGAACCCAUUCCUCCAACUGGCGACAAACAAACUAUAGGGCAGGAGUACAUGAAUGGCAUAUUCCUAGAAAAGCCAGGGUUGCUGCGAGAAGCUUUGGCUCGUGAGGAAGAGUGGUCACUACAAGUGCCAGGAUACAAUUCAACUCUGACGAGAAACAAGACACCCAUGACGUCUUUAGAGCGAAGUCUCUACAAGCUGAAAGCAGAAAGAGAACUAGGAGAAUGGGCUGGGCAAUUCAUUGAUCCCAGUAAAAUGUUGGAGGAUGAUGGGAACGACGGGAACAUGCAGAAGAUGAUGGAUGAUAUUUGGGCUAAAGGGAUUGAUGAGUUGGCUGCAGGAGAGCAGUUUGAUCCAGAAGGCACAUUUCAUCAAAAAGAAGAUACUGUUGUCCUGGAUGCCGAAGAGGAGGAAGAAGAUGACGAUGAAACGCCCUUUGCCAAUCUCAUUUCCACUUCGGAUCGACCCUGCGUCAAGUCCAUCCCCAGUGCCUCACUAAUCCCUGGCAUGGGAAGCGUCCCCACCUUGCGUGACAGCGUGAUAGUUAUCAUCAGGCAUGGAAAGACUGAACACAACAAGCUGGGUUUGUUCACGGGUUGGGAGGAUGCGCCGCUGGCACCUGAAGGUGUGGAGGAAGCCAAGGCCGCUGGACGCCUUCUCAAGACGCAUGGAUUUGAGUUUGACGUUGUGUACACCAGCUGGCUUUCAAGGGCCAUUGAUACAGCAUGGCAUGUUAUGGACGAGAUGGACUGCCUUUGGCUGCCGAUUAUCAAGAGCUGGAGACUGAACGAGAGAAUGUAUGGCGAACUCACUGGUCUGUCGAAGCAAAUGGUAAAGCAGAGGCACGGAUCAGAACAGUUCAAGGCGUGGCGUCGGGGAUACAAAGUUAGACCUCCCCCGGUGUCCUCUUUCUCUCAACACUACCCCGGAAAUGAUAUGCGAUAUCAGAAGUACUUGAAUGAUGCGAGAUAUUCCGUGCGGGAGAGCACAAUUCGAAGCAUUGAGCAAGGCAAAGUUGUGCUCCACCGAAAGUUUCCAAAGUCAGAGUCGUUGAAGGAUUGCAUGGACCGUACCAUCCCCUUCUUCACCGAACGGAUAGUGCCCGAGGCGAUUGAGCCUGGAAAGAGAGUGCUGAUAUCAAGCAGCGAGAAUGCCAUUCGCGGGCUUUUGAUGCACCUUUGUGACAUCCCAGAGGAGAAGAUUACCGGGUUGGAAAUCCCCAAUGGACUACCCCUUGUAUUUGACACCAAGUCUAAGUGUCUAAAGCUCCUUGACGAUGGGACAGGCCGGGACCCUCUCAAAGUGCACAACUUUGGCAAAGCUGCCAGUUACCUCUUCCGUCCUUGCAUGACAGAGGACGGAAAUCCAGACGAAGAAUGCGAAAUCACAUACAGUGGGCGUUCUUCCAUUUCUCUUUCGACCGAGGAGCAGGAAGCAAUUGACGCAAUCAAACGGCAACCCAGCAGUUUGUAGUGCUGCCAAAGCACUUCACCACAAAUAUAGAUGGUGCAGUUCUCAUAGAUCUACUAUUAAUACUAGAAAUUUCCAAAAGUCUUACACUUAGAGGAGACUGAUGCCAAGCCCUCAAACGCUAACCA